AUGCCGCGGAAGGAGAUAUAUGCGGGCAACAUCGAACAAGCGGUGCGAAGGAUAAUCCCUUCUUUGGAGGAUAUGAGCAAUACUGCACACAAGGCCAUCUAUUUUGAUGCAUGGCAUGGGCUUGCUGCUUCUGCGGUGCUUAGAGCCAUAGCUGAAGACCCUCCGCCAUCUUUGCUAAAGAAAUUCGACAAGAUCAUCCACGUUGAUUGCUCCAGUUGGAAAAGCCAAAGAGCACUCCAGAAGACAAUCGCACAAGAACUGAAGCUUCCUCAUUGGGUAAUGGAUAUUUUUGAUAGGCAAGAUGAGGAAGAUGAUUUCAGAGGAGUAGAUGAAGGCUCAAGAGCUGAAAUAGGAUUCGUUGGGAGAGAGAUCUUUCAAGUCCUUAUGGGCCAUAGAUGUUUAGUGGUCUUUCAUAAUGGAAGCAAUGAUAUGAUUAAUUUAAGUGGUUUUGGCAUUCCUCAAGGAGAAUUUUUUGAAACCAAAGUAUUGUGGACAUUUCGAGGAAGGCUUCGGCUCAACCCACGAAUUAGUGAGAAGGUGGAUAGUUCACAUCUUUUUCUUUAUGAUCACUCGAUGGGUCACGGUUGGAAUUAUUUGCUGCAAAAUGAGGCUAGAGAAAUUGCUAGGCACAUAAAUAAGCUUCCUGAAGUACUUGAAGAGUGUUGCCUGUAUCUACUGGUAUUAAAUUCUCAAGGAGGUAAUGUCAUGGACUACGACUGGGCCACCCAUGCUUCGAGCUAUUGGGUAUGUGAUGGGAUUAUAAAGGGAGGUCAGUCGGACGAAGCAUGGGAGGUUGCGGCUGCUCUGCAUCAAUACAUACAUAUAGAGGAUUAUUCAUCUAAUGAAAUUCCCUCUUUUGGUCAUAAACUGAAGACUCCUUGGAAACCGCGGAUAUUGGUCAAGGACAACUUUGUUGUGCAUCAAAAUUCAACUUCUUUUUUUAUUUCUGCUGUUGCAAGUGAUUCCGAUCCUCCAUUAAGGCCCUUACCUAAUGGCUUGUUUCAUUUGUCGGACAAACUUUGUGUUCUCAAGUUAUGCCGAUGCAGCUUCAGUUUUUCUUUACCUCCUUUCGGUGGUUGCCGCAGCUUAAGGUUCCUCGGAUUAGAUAGCUGCAAGAAUCAACAAGUAUUAGUAGAAGGGAAGCAAGAUAGACCACCAAUGGAAUUUUUUCAGAGCUUAUGGGUUCUAAGCAUAUGUCACACUGAUUGGGAGUUGGAUUUGUCAGCACACAUCACAGAGCAUAUGCAUGUAAACAUUAGGGAGGUGCAUAUAAAGAAAGGAAGGGUUUGGUCCCGCGGUUUUCCAUGGAGAAAAUUGCAGAACCUUCGUAAGCUUCGACUGAUUGAGCCUACAUCACCUUGGCAUACAGGUGAAAUGGAUGAAUUUACAGGUAUGGUGAACAUGGAAUUCCUUGACCUAUCAAGCAAUAGCACAAUACAAGGUUUGCCAAGUCUCUCAAAAGCAGCUAGCCUUAAGACUCUGGUACUAGAUGGUUGCAUUGGUUUGGAGCAGGUUGAAAGUCUCCCUCCAUCACUUGAAUCAUUCAGCUUAGAUGCAGGACCAAGAAAUGAUGAUUACAAGGCAGCCAAAAUAAGCCGCAUCUCAAUUGCUGGUUGUGCAAGAUUGUCUGACUUCACACUGCGUGGAUCACUUCCAAACCUUCAGGAGCUGGAUCUCUCAGGCACAAGAGUCAAAACACUUGACCUCACAACUCAGGUGGUGCAACUUCCAUGUCUCCAAAAAAUUAUUCUAUUGGGAUGUAUGCAGCUCAAAGCCAUUUUAUGGUCAGAAAGAGGUCUACCAACACUAAAAGUGCUUCACAUAGAUUCAUCUGUGUGUCCUGUUCAAACAAAACUACAUGAAGUGUAUGUUACUAUAAUGGAUCUAAGGUUUUUUCAGUCCUUGGUAUUACAAAACAAUCUUCAAUUCUGUUGGAAGAGCAGUAGGUUCCAUAUAAAUGUUUGUGUCCCUUGUACCACUAAUGUUAAGGGACAAAGCUAUAGGAAGGAGAAAAUGGGCCCCGGUAUUAGUGGGCACAUAAUGGAUCUGCCUCAACAGUAUUCAUUAACCCCCGAUACUUACAACACCUACAUUGAUGUCUCUGUUAGCAACAUAAUUAUUGAUCACGACUACAACAAUGGAAUGCAGUUUCAGCCAACAGGCUGCCACGUUGAGAUUGGUAAGGGAAUUAGCAACCUUAGCGUGGAGAGUAUACAAGCAAUCGAGGCUAUCAUCUUUGCAAUGGACGAAGCCAAGUCAUUGCAUGUGCAUGAUAAUUCUUGCAUCACCACGGUCAUCCCUGAACACAUGAUGUCCAUAGAUGACAGGAAACUUGGUUGGCAACAUCUAAAACAGUGCCAUGUGGUGAGAUGCCCCAAGAUGCACACAGUCUUCACCACUAACUACGAUACCAUCUACCCCUUUGAAGAAAUAGAGACCUUUUGGGCGGCUGACUUACUGAUGGCCCAUUGCAUUUGGAGCAAAGGAAGGACCUUCAAUGGCAUGGAUAUAUACUCAUUUGCAAAACUACGGAGCAUACAUCUCUACUCUUGCCCAAGGCUCUCAUUUGUGCUUCCAUUAUUGUGGGCUAUUCAGGCAUCAUAUUUGCGCAACUUAGAGAGUUUCCACAUUGUCAACUGUGGUGACCUAAAGAUGGUAUUCCCUGUCCAUUCUGGCCGCCUGGAACGUGUACUUGAGUUCCCAAGCCUGAAGCACAUCCAUCUGUAUGAGCUCCAUAAGUUGCAACGUAUAUGUGAGUUCAAGAUGCUUGCUCCCAAGCUUGAGAGGGUAUGGCUUAGGGGAUGCUGGGGUCUCAGGCGCCUCCCAGCCGUCGGCCGAGAUAACCGCCCCGUGGUUGACUGCGAGAAAGAUUGGUGGGAGAAGCUUGAGUGGGAUGGGCUGGAGGCCGGCCAUGACCCUUCCCUCUUCAAGCCGUGCCACUCGUCUUAUUACAAGAUGCCCAUGGAGAGAUUCUCGGUUCUCCGGUGA